ACUCGCUUACAGUUGAAUUGAACAAGAACAACACAUCAAAGUCUUGUGGUCUGUUUGGUCCCAAACGCAGCGAAUGAGUUGAAGCAGCAGUGGCAGAAGAAGAAGACGAAGAAAACCAUGAAAAGAGGCACAAUGAGGUCGAAUCUGUUUCCGCUUCUCUUUGCAUUUGCCUUUCUGUUUUCGCCUGUGCUCUCUGCUUCGGAUCUGAUCCUCGCCAAGGUUGACCGUCGUAUUGAUCUGACAUCACAAAUUGUGCGCAUCACUACUUCGCUAAAGGUGGAGAACACGGGAUCUGAUGUUGUGUCUGAGAUUUUGCUGUCCUUUCCUGAAAACCAGGCAAAACACUUGGCAUACUUGAAAGCAACACUUGGCGAAGGGAAGGGAAAAGCAAAAACCUCUUCUGGUGUUGCUUUACCCGUUAAAGCUGUCCAACCUAAUGAUGUACCUCCUGCCUUGACAAUUUACUCCGUAUCUUUACCAAACGGGCUUGGGAAGGGACAUAGUUUGACGUUAGAUGUCUUGGCUGUUUUUACCCACAUACUGCAACCAUUUCCAGAGAAAAUCAACCAGGGUGACAUCCAACUUCUACUGUUUCAAGAGAGUGCACAAUAUCUCUCUCCUUAUGCUGUCAAGGCACAAUCACUCACUCUUAAGUUGCCUGAUGCAAGAAUAGAGUCCUAUUCAAAACUAGAAAAUGCUAAACUUCAGGGAUCUGAAUUAAAAUAUGGUCCAUAUGAGAAUAUUCCACCUUUCUCAUAUUUACCAAUAGUUAUUCACUACGAGAAUAACCUACCCUUUGCUGUUGCUAAAGAGUUAGUGCGAGAGAUCGAAAUUUCCCAUUGGGGCAAUGUACAGAUCACAGAACAUUACGAAAUUAUUCAUGCUGGUGCUCAGAGCAAAGGAGAGUUUUCUAGGCUUGACUAUCAGACCAGGCCAUAUUUAAGGGGUGCAUCAGCUUUCAGGCGUCUUGUUGCCAAACUGCCACCUAGAGCUCAUUCUGUGUAUUACAGGGAUGAAAUUGGCAACAUUUCCACUUCUAGUUUGUGGGGUGAUUCAAGAAAGACAGAACUGGAGAUUGAACCUAGGUACCCUAUGUUUGGUGGCUGGAAAACUACCUUUACUAUUGGAUAUGGCUUGCCACUUCAGGACUUCUUAUUUGGAUUGGAUGGAAAACGCUUCCUUAAUAUCUCUUUUGGUGCCCCUAUCUACGAGUUGGUGAUUGACACUAUUUUUGUGAAGGUUGUUUUGCCAGAGGGUUCUAAGGACAUUUCAGUAUCUGUUCCAUUUCCUGUGAAAGAACGGCAGGAGACGAAGAUUUCUCACUUGGAUAUUGUUGGUAGACCUGUUGUUGUUGUGGAGAAGAACAAUGUUGUCCCUGAGCAUAAUGAGCAUUUCCAGGUCUACUAUAAGUUCAACAGUCUUUCUAUGCUCACGGAGCCUUUCAUGUUGAUCUCUGGGUUUUUCUUUCUGUUUGUUGCUUGCAUUGUCUACUCACGCGCAGAUAUAUCAAUCUCCAAAUCUUCUGCAUCUUAUUUGGCAAAGCUCCAGUGGGACGAGGUGCAAGCAACUACUCAGCUGAUCCACGGUAUCAUUAGCCGUUGCUUAACAGCACAUGACAAGCUAGAAACGUCAUUGCAUGAUCUUUCUAGGACGGGAGACGUUCAAGCCUGUAAAGCAACACGGAAAUCAGUAGAUAGCUCAUUGAAAGAUCUCUCUAAAGAGUUGAAGCAACCAUUGUCAUUUUUGCAAUCUUGUCCACAAGCUGCUCAAAUAUUACCAAAGGUGGAGGAACUUGUCACCAAGGAGAGAGAAUUGCAGGAGAAACUUGUAUUGAAACACACUACCGUUGUAGACGGCUAUGAGAAGAAGUUAGGUGGAAGGGAAAUUGAGAAUCGGAUUGCUUCGUAUCAGCAGAAAAUUACUGCUUUGAGACGGGAGGUUGAUGAUCUUAUGGACUUGAUUGAUGAGAUAUGACAGGUGACUAUGCUGCUCGAGAUAUGAUAAUAUGCCCCCAUUUUGACCUUGUUUUACUUUAUUUUAGGUCACAAGUUUGUUACGGUUUGAUAAUUGCAAAGAGAUUAGUGAUAUACUUCUGUGGGUCGGGAUUUUUUUGCAGACUAUUGUCUACCCGUAAUUUAUGGAACAGUUAGACUA